CAUAAAAGUAUGAAUAAUAAUAUGAACCCAUCUCUCUUCCAAAAUUACACUUGGAACAACAUCAUCAACAACAACAAGAUGAGUGAUGAUCAUCAUCAUAACGAUCCAAUCGGUAUGGCCAUGGACCAACACACCCACCUCCACAUCUUCAAUCCUUUCAUCACUUCAUCUUCUUCUCAUUCUCAUUUCCCUCCUCUCUCUUCUUCCUUUGCAACCACAACUCUUUUCUCUGGAGAUCAAGAAGACAACGAAGAGGAAGAAGAAGAGCCUGUAGAGGAACUAAGUGCUAUGAAAGAGAUGAUGUACAAGAUCGCAGCCAUGCAGCCCGUCGACAUCGAUCCAGCAACCGUCAAGAAACCCAAACGCCGAAACGUUAGAAUCUCCGACGACCCUCAAAGCGUGGCGGCGAGACACCGCCGUGAGAGAAUCAGCGAGAGGAUCAGAAUCCUACAGAGACUUGUGCCUGGUGGUACCAAGAUGGAUACAGCUUCAAUGCUCGACGAAGCAAUACGCUACGUCAAGUUCUUGAAACGGCAGAUCCGGCUUCUUGAUAGUCCUCCUCCACCGCAAGAUCAAGCUUCUCAGGCGGUGAAGACUUCAUGGAUUUCGCCACCACCACCGCCAGAUUUCGGCGGUAGAGGAGGAGAGUUGCUUUAA